GCACCUGGCAAGUCAUCUCCUGUGGAAAAUUCUUGGAAGAUCUUUGAAGAAUACCACAUAGAUGAAGAUGUGGGCUUCGCUCUGCCCAAUCCAUUGGGAAUCAUGAAUCAGGCAGCGUCCCAACUAGCAGAAAGAAAGGAGGUCUCAGGAGCUGCACAAAAAUGAAAGACUCCUCUAGGCAGAAGAGAGCAGGAACACGGAAGUUACACCAGCAAAAAGUGGAUUGGGGUGUCAAGGUCAUGUUCCUUUAGGGAAUGGCAGCAGCCUGUGAGCAGAUGACCUCACUACUUGUUGGCCAGGAGGAGCUACCUCACCCUUAUGAUGCCUGGAUUUCCAUUGCUAAAAAUCUGCCUGAACUGAUUAAGAAUGGCCAACUACGUGCAGAAGUUGAGAAGUUAACAACCUUCAGCAUUGACGGCCUCCAAGGACACAAGUUGCAGCGCCUUGCACAUCUGGUUCUGGGGUAUAUCACCAUGGCGUACGUGUGGGGUGAAGGUGAUGGAGACGUCCGGAAGGUCUUGCCGAGCAAUAUUGCUGUUCCUUACUGCAAGGUAUCCGAGAAGCUAGGACUGCCCCCUAUUCUGGUUUAUGCAGAUUGUGUCUUGGCAAACUGGAAGAAAAAGGAUCCCAGUGGGCCCAUGACUUAUGAGAACAUGGACAUCCUAUUCUCGUUUCCUGGUGGGGACUGUGGUAAAGGGUUCUUCCUGGUCUCUCUGGUGGUGGAAACAGCGGCGGCUUCUGCAAUCAAAGUGAUCCCCAUUAUAUUUAAUGCAAUACAACGUGAAGACCCAGACACUUUGCAAAAGGCAUUGCUUGAUAUAGCUUCUUGUCUGCACAAAGCCCUUGAAAUGUUUCACCAAAUUCAUGAAUAUGUGGACCCAAACCUAUUUUUCAAUGUUCUUCGCAUAUACUUGUCUGGUUGGAAAGGCAACCCUUUGCUGUCAGAGGGUCUGCUGUAUGAAGGUGUCUGGGACACCCCAAAGAAGUUUGCCGGAGGCAGUGCAGCCCAAAGCAGCAUCUUUCAGUGCUUCGAUAUUCUGCUGGGCAUUCAGCAUACUGUUGGUGGAGUUCCUUCAGACUCUGCUGCUAAAUUCCUCCAGGAAAUGAGAACAUAUAUGCCAUCAGCUCACCAGAACUUUCUUCGCUCGUUAGAGUCAGGCCCCUCGGUCCGUAAGUUUGUCCUUUCAAAAGGUGAUGCUACCCUGCAGGAAAUUUAUAAUGAAUGUGUGCAAGCUAUGGUCUCUCUGAGAAACUACCAUUUGCAAAUAGUAGCUAAGUACAUUGUGAUUCCUGCAAGCCAGCCAUCCAAGAGAAAACAAACCUCGGAAGAGCCUUCAGAACCAAAAAGUAAAGGAACUGGAGGCACCGAUAUCAUGGAGUUUCUAAGAACUGUAAGAAGUACAACUGUGAAUUCCCUGUUGAAGGAAGAUUAAUGUAAUCCAAGAAAGUGCUUAUAUUGCUACCACAUGUGGUAAUGUCACUUCCCAUUAUAUCAGAAACAGCAUUAACAUUCAUAACUUGAGGAGAGGAAAAUAAAACUGAUGUCCAUUAAAAAAAAAACCCGCACAUGGGUGUUUAUAGCAGCUUGAUUCAUAAUUGCCAAAACUUGGAAGCAUGAAAUAAACCAAGGUACCCAUCCUUACAGUAGAAUAUUAUUCAGGGCUAAAAAGAAAUGAGUGAUCAAGCCAUGAAAAGACCUGCAGAAACAUGACAUGCAUGUUAUUAAGUGAAAGAUGUCACUCUGAAAAGGCUACAGACUGUGUGAUUCCAACUAUGUGACAUUCUGGAAAAAGGUAAAACCAUGGAGGCAGUAAAAGGAUCAGUGAUUGCCAGGGGUUAGGGCAGAGGGAGUGAUGAACAGGAGAAGCAUAGAGAAUGUUUAGGGCAGUGAAACUAUUCCGUAUGAUAGUAUAAUGGUGGAUACAUGCCAUACAUUUCCCAAAACCCAUAGAAUGUACACCACCAGCAGUGAACCUUAAUGUAAAUUGUGAACUUUGGAUGCUCAUAAUGUGUCAAUGUAGGUUUAUCAGUUGUAACGAGGGUACCAUUCUGGUGUGCAGAGCUGUGCGUGUGUUGGGUAGAAGAUACAUGGGGACUCUGUACUUUCUGUUCAGUUUUGCUAUGGGCUAAAACUGAUCUAAAAAAAAAAUGUCUGUUAAAAAGAAAACUGCUCUGUGGCCUUCAAUAAUUCACUUACCUCUCUCGUCUGUUUUCAGACAUCUAAAAAUAAUCAGAGAUAAAUAGAUUUAGAUGCUUUGCAGCUAUGAUUCAAUCCUGUAUGUGAUCUGCAAAUUCAUCCACAAAAAGAAUCAAUCGAUAGGCUACGUUAAUCUAUGGAAAUUUUAAACAACAUGCGUUCAAAAGUAGAAUAGCUCUUCUAUUUCUUCCAGAUCAUAAAGACAAUGAUUUUGAUGUAACAAAUAUUUUAUAUAUCUAUAAUUUUUAAAAGUU